CCUCGACUUGCGCGUUUUUUCGAAAGGUCGUCGAUUUGCAAAAGAAAACGAUAGUUCUCGGAACCGAGUCAGAUAUACAUGCUUUUCUUUUCGUAAAGAAAAGGGUUGAAUGCGAAGGAAUUUCUUGAACGAUUUUAUUUUUCCUUGCAGCGGACCCCACGCACUUCGUUCUUAUAUGAUCAUGACCUUACUAUUUUCCCACCUAAGUAUGUGUAAUAUCUAGUAUGUAAGCUGAGACAGUACAAGUUUCAAGUUCGUAGGACAUUCAACUAUUCCUUCGACCUAUCUUGCUUUCAGCUCCGUUCACCCCCGCGAUAACCUUGGAAAAAAAUAAGAUUCCCUUAUGUUUGUUCUUUCCCUUUAUUAUUCACGCACACUUAAGGCUGAUAUGCUUUUCGCCUUCAUGUCAAUGUUUUACCAAUCGAGAAUAUGAUGGAGGAAGGUGCUGCUGCGCAGCUACCGGCACAGGUUUUGGCCGCACUCUCGGAAACCGCCAUUGAGGAGCUCGAGGCUUUGUACUGCAUGCUUGAAGAGGAGAGCCUGACGGCGAGAAUAGUGUUUCGCUAUGAAGAUAUUGACGAGCAGCGACCAGCUGGAUCAUCAAUCGGCGAGUUGGAAGCUUCCUAUGAUGGAAACGGCAAUAUAAAUGGCGAUGAAUCAACACACGACGAAGAGAUACGAGAGAUUCUUCUCUCGGUGUGCAUCGCACCCAUCUUGCCGACGGAGAAGCUCAGCGUCGAAAUCUCGGCGCAGGAAGCCGCUUUCGUGUCGAGAAGUAGGCUUGCGCCGGGUAGUGGAAGAGACGGCGGAAGCGGAACUACUGAAGAUGUUAUCUGCCGCCCAGCAUUGGGCCCUCCGCCGGAGCAGGGCGGAAUUCCGACUGCGCAGAGCGAAACUGAAACGCGAGGGAAGGCAAAGGGCAAGGGCAAGGGGAAGGGAAAAAGGAGGAGAAGAAAAAAGGGCGCAGAACAAGAAGCACCAAUAAAUUCUGACGGCAAUGAUCAGCGGCUGGCUGAGCAUAUGUUGAGUGAGCAACGAGUAGUGGAGGCUGACAACAACGUAGGAGGCAGGUCGAGUGUUAGUAAUCUUGCCAACCACGACACGCAGGAGGUGGAGAUGAUGCAACGACUAGAUCUAGAAGAAGAUCUUCCAGGACCUCCGGGUCUAUUGAUGCACGGUUACUGCGGUUCUGUGGAAUCUCUGCCAGACUUCGAAAUCGCGCUCGGGUUCAGAAGAACCUCCGGGCCUGCUGAGACCGAGGUCGAGGGCUAUUGGGUCCCGCGCUCGCUGACGUGCGCUUUUCUCUCCCCCACGCAAUGCGCCGAAGUAGUCGCCGCUUGCGCUUUGGAUGCGCAGAACGAAGCCGCGGCCGACCUCGUCGCCGCAGAUGUUGAAAACAGCGAAGCAGUUGUCAUUCCGAUCGACCCGAUUCUCUUUGUUUCCGAGGUGCAGAACAACUGGCACUCCGUGCUGGGAAUCACGACGACGCUGGACCUGCCGCAGGGGCUGGCGUUCCAGUUGCUGGAAAAUGACGAGCGGAAGAAGCAGGCGGUUUAUCGGCAGACGCCUCAAGAGUGUCCGAUCUGCUGUACCGUCAAGGCGGGAAAGGAUUUUUUCUCCCUCCCCAGCUGCGCGCACCGCUGUUGCCGCGCAUGUCUGGUCAAUCUGGUCAAAGUCCACGUAAAUGACGGGGCGCUGGAUCACAUUCGCUGCAUGGUGUGCCCGCCCGCGAUAUCAAAAGUAAAAAUGUCUGGGUCUGGUGGAAACCUGUGAUGCUGGGUGGCGUCUCAUGAUCAGGCUACAAAUGCUGGCUCAGCAUGACAAGUUUCUGAGCUCCUAAGUGUUGCCUAUUCUGCAUGACAAACUGCGCUUCUGCAUCACAGAAAAGCGGAGCUCUUGGGUAACGUGCAUGACAGAUUUAAGAGUCAUGCCAGACAAGCAUGACAAACAUGAAUUCUUCCAGACCCAGACACUUUUACAGUUGAUACGCGAACGCGGAACCCUUCGACACCACGCUGGUACGGGAAAUUUUGUUGGGCGAUGUUGAAACUGAGUCAACCUUCGAUGUUCUUGUUGAGAGUGGUAGAAGCUCAUCCUGCGACGAGGCUGCAAUAAACCAGGCGCUUCUCGACAAGUUUGAAGCCAUGACGCUGAGCCGGGCCCUGGACGGAAUGACUGACAUUGCGUACUGUCCCCGGUGCGCCGACCAGAAGCCGAAACCGGAAACCGUAGCGUGCAUCAUCCAGGAGGACAACUACUGCGAGUGCGAGAAGUGUCGGCUGCAAUUCUGCGCCAAGUGCCUCGACGUCUACCACCCGGACCGGGCGUUCUGUGAGGUGGCGCCGAGCCGGGCCCAGAUCUUGAGCAACCAGGGCCAGGCCGCGCAGAACCGGGUCGCGGAGGCGAAGUCCCUGAUGCUGAUCAACCAGACCAGCCGGAAGUGCCCGACCUGCAGCUUCGCGAUCCAGAAGAUCUCCGGGUGCAACAAGAUGAAGUGCGAGAACUGCCGCACGGUGUUCUGCUGGCAGUGUCUGAAGGUGAUAUCAAAUGCAAAAAUGUCUGGGUUUGGAAGAAUGCAAACUUGUGAUGCGCAUUUGACAACCCAUAAAAAUCUCUCAUGCACAGGCAGCAAGAGCUCGAGCUGGCCACUUUCUGUCACCAGAGUGGGGCACUUGUCAUGCAGAUUCGGCAUUGCAGAAGCUUCUCGAAACCUGUGAUGCUAGAGCUUCCAUGGCAGGCCUUCUGUGUCAUGCAAAAGCAGCAUGACUGUUCCAGACCCAGACACUUUUGCACUUGAUAGGUGAUUGACAGCUACGACCACUUUCGCUCCGACAACCCAAAAUCCUGCGUCCUGUUCGACCAGGACGCGAUCCGACAGUGGAACGAGGAGGUGGCGCGGCUCGGGCAGGCCGGGCUCCAGCGCGCCCUGCAGGACGGGGCACAGUACGUGGACCAGAACUUGUACGAACGCGUGCGGUGCGCCGUCUGUCGCGUGGUGGUGGUUCGGUGGCUUGACAACCCCAAUCAUGUGAACAACCACCUGCGCUGUCCCUACUGCAGACAGCACUCCUGCUUGUACUGUCGCCGGCAAAUUUCGUGCAAGCCUGUCACGGCGCACUUCCAGCCGCGCGGGAACUGCCCACAGUUUGAAAGGACAUGAGAGGUAGCUGCCGACCAACUGUGAAGAAGUGUUGGCACCAGCCUCCUGAAGUUUACCACGCACGCAUGUACUUAUCUAUGUAUCAGCAGUAGGCACAACCACUUUGAU